GGGUCGACUCCUGAGCUGGACAGAAUAUAUUCCGCCAUUCACGAGUUGGUAGUACGAACUACAAAGCAAUUUGAAAAAGCCCUUAGAAUUUUUUUUUCCUUUUCUUUUUGCUUUUCAGUGUAAAAUUCCUUUGCGGGAAAAAGCAAGCAUCUUCCAGAUAGAAAAGUUGACCAUUUCCAGCCGUUUGUGUAAGAAUCCAUCGUGGAUGCAAUUCUGAGUAAGAUGAGGUGUUUGAUGAAAUUCCUGUGAGGCAAUGGAGCGUUUGUUCUCAUCGUUGAGUAUAUGUACGGUGCCAGGGACCCGAAUUUAUUGGGAUAAACGGUAUGUGAAAGCACAAUUCGUUGUGGAGUUUUCAAACAAGAACGAGAUAAAGUUGGGGGUGCAAUGUAAUGCUAGGGUUAACCAUAGAAAACCAACCAAGAACCUUCCGCAUCCACGGCGCGCUAAGCUCCCUCCGGAGCCUGAAAUUAGCACAUUUUUGAAGGGGGGAAAUAGCGGGACAGAGCAAUCUGAAAUGGGUACGGUUUUGGAUAAAGAACCUGAUGCGAAUGAUGAUGGGUUUCUGGUUGAUGGUAUUGAAGGAAGAAAAGAGGGGGAGAUAGUUUGGGAUUCGGAUGAGAUUGAAGCAAUUUCGUCUCUUUUUAUGGGGAGAAUCCCUCAAAAGCCUGGGAAAUUGAAUAGGGAAAGGCCUCUUCCACUCCCACUUCCCUACAAACUUCGACCUAUGGGACUUCCCACAACGAAGAGACAUGUGAGAGCUGCUUCUUCAAUGCCAUAUGCUUCCCGGGCAUCCCUAUCUAAGCAAGUUUACAAGAACCCAGAUUUCCUCAUUAGCAUAGCCAGAGAGAUAAGAAAGCUUCCUUUGGAAGAUGACGUUUCUCCAGUUCUUAACAAGUGGGUUAGGUUUCUGCGGAAGGGCUCAUUGUCAUUGACAAUCCGGGAAUUGGGUCACAUGGGUCUUCCUGAGAGAGCUCUACAGACCUUCUUCUGGGCUCAGAAACAACCCCAGCUCUUCCCAGAUGAUCGCAUUUUGGCCUCAACAGUUGAGGUCCUGGCAAGGACUCACAAGUUGAAAGUUCCAUUCAGUUUGGAAAAGUUCACCGGUUUGGCUAGCCGGAGUGUAAUUGAGGCACUGGCAAGGGGAUUCAUCAGAAGGGGAAGUUUGAGCCUUGCAUGGAAGCUUCUCUUAGUUGCCAAGGAUAGUAAAAGGAUGUUGGGACCCAGCAUUUAUGCAAAGCUAAUAUUUGAGCUUGGAAAGAACCCCGAUAAGCACAGCCUUGUACAGGCAUUACUAGAUGAGCUUGGAGAAAGAGAAGAUUUGAAAUUAAGCCAUCAGGAUUGCACAGCAGUCAUGAAAGUCUGCAUAAGGCUUGGGAAAUUCGAAAUAGUGGAAAGUCUUUUUAACUGGUAUAAACAAUCCGAGAAUAGUCCAAGUGUGGUUAUGUACACAACUCUAAUUCAUAGUCGCUAUACUGAGAAGAAAUACAGGGAGGCACUGGCUGUCGUUUGGGAAAUGGAGGCUUCAGACUGUGUCUUUGAUCUUCCAGCUUAUCGUGUGGUGAUAAAGCUUUUUAUUGCUCUGAAUGAUCUAUCAAGAACUGGAAGGUAUUUUUCGAAACUUAAGGAAGCAGGUUUCUCUCCGACAUAUGAUAUAUACCGGGACAUGUUAAAGAUUUACAUGGUUUUCCGGAGGCUGGCAAAGUGUAGGGAGGUCUGCAAGGAGUUAGAGAUGUCAGGGUUCAAGUUGGAUAAGGGAACCUUGUCACAGUUGUUGCAACUUGAAAAAGAAAACAGGUAAGUUCACUCGUUGAUAAGUUUUCAGUACUGAUGGUCUUGUCUUUGCACUUCCAAUUAGGUGAGUCUUUUGAUGAUCUACUUCAUUUUUUAAGCUUUAAAAUUCAUGGCUCCCUUAUCCUCUUUUCUUGUUGCAAGAGUUGGGAUGAGAGGUUCUUAUUGAGUCGCUCUUUUGGCGUCUCUUUUUUAAUAGAUCUUUUUCUUUACCUAUCAAAAAUAAAAUAAAAAUGAAAGGUUCUUGAAAGGUACUAGGAUUUUUUCUCUCUCUUUGAUGCUCAUCCAUGUUUUUCUGAAGUUUGUGUGUUGCUGCAAAGUAAGUGCAUAUGAUGGUUUACACUUGAUCUCUGAACUUCAGGUAAGUUUACUUGUUGACAAGUUUACAUUACUGAUGCUCUUAUCUUUGCACUUCACAUUUGGGUGAGUCCUCAGGUGAUUUACUUCAUUUAUAAUUUUUACUAUUCAUGGCCCAUCAUCCCUUUUUCCAGUUCCAAGAGUUAGUAUGAGAGGUUCUUGUUAGGUGCUAGGAGAUUUUCUCUCUUUUUGAUGCCCAUCCAUUUUUCAGCGUGGUUAUGUUUUUCCUGAAGUUUGUGUGUUGUUGCAAAAUAAGAGCAUAUGAUGGCUUACACUUGAUCUCUGAACUUCGGGUAAGUUUACUUGUUGACAAGUAUACAUUACUGAUGCUCUUCACGUUACACUUCUUGUUUGGGUGGGUCUUCAUGUGAUUUACUUCAUGGACCCAUAAUCCUUUUUUCUUGUUCUGAGAGUUAGUAUGAGACGUUCCCUCUCAGGUGCUAGUUGCUACGAGUUUUUCUGUCUGUUAGAUGCUCAACCAUGUUAUUCCUUUUUCUGAAGUCUGUGUGUUGGUGCCAAGUAAGUGCACAUGAUGCCUUACACUUGAUCUCUGAACUGCAGGUAAGUUCACUUGUUGACAAAUUUACAUUACUGAUGCACUUGGCUUUGCACUUUCCUUGAGUCAUUUCCUCAGUUUCUCAAUCACUUCAUUAUAAAUUAAUCAUCCUUUCUUCUUUCUAGAGUUGGCAUGAGAUGUCUUAUUAGUUGCUAGAAAUUCUUCUUUAUUCCUUUUUCUUUCUGAAGCAUGACCAUUUUGUUCCAUAAUUCAUAAUAAUUUCACAUUUCCCAGAGUAAGAGGAAACAUAAUUUGAGUUGAAAAAUUUGGAGUUGUACUUUGAUGUUUGGAUCAUUGGAGUUACAUAUGUCCUCUUUGUGGUCUUGAGAAUCAAACUCAAAUUUUUGAAGUUUGGUUGACCGAAGUUUACAUUUUACUAGUCAUGGAGGGCACACAUCUGUAGCCCCCUAUUUCAUUCUUGUUAGACAGAUGAGCAGGUAACCCUGUGAAUGAACAUUGCCAAAUCGAUUAUGGACUCAUUUAGAUGCUUCUAAAGCACACAAUUCUAUUUAGAAGAUGGUCAACUUAUUCAACUUCUGUGGUAUGGCCAAAAUACCCAAUGGGAAAUGGACAUGGUACAGCCAGGUUGACAGUGUUCUACAAAUAAUUUGUGGGCAUAUUUAGGCCAUGGUUAUGUACACUAUGUUACAUAGCCAUUAUUCAGAGAAGAAAAUGGGAGCAUUGGCUAUGGUUUUGGGAUUGGAGGCUUCAGAUAUCUCAUCCAAGAUUUUACUUUCUUUUUGUAACCUCUCAAGGACUUAUAAAAGAAAUGAUCUCUCAAGGACCAUAAAGUAAAAUUUGAGACUUGAGGGGGGAGGUUUCUUUGAAAUAUACUACUUAACAGGACUUGACCAAUAUUUGAAUGGUCUCUGGGAGGCUAGCAAAGUGGGGAAGGUAUGUGAGAAGCUUGAGAGAGUAGGGUUCAAGAUUGUAAGGUUUAAGUUGGAUAAGCGAAUGACUUCAUGGUUGUUGCAACUUGAAAGUGAAACCAGGUCAAGCUUAUAAGCUUGUUUCGAUAAGAAUUAUUUGAAGUAAUUAUGAACCAUUUUUUUCCCUUAAUGUGAUGCAUUCAUACUUUCAUAGAUCAAAGAUACUGGGCUGUCAUCAACCUUAAUAAAUUCAAAUCUUAAUCCAAAGACAAUGCCAAUUGUCUUUCCAAAAUGUAUUUGAGGUAUCUACCGUCACUGUUGUGAUAGAUAGAUGGAUGGAUGUAAUCCUAUAAAUGGUCAGACAACUCUCUUAUUUAGGAACUGAUUGCUGGUUCAUUAUUUUCAUCUACUUCAUCUUCUCAAUACAAUAAUUCACAGUUUUCUCCGCCCAUAUUUCCUUCUCAAGACAGGUCUCAUAAAAAGUUACUUCUCCAGUUGCUGUUACUGUUAAUGCAGCUGUGCUUCUGGUUCCAAAAUGCCCCUAUACAUUGGAAAUAGAGGAGGUUAAUGAUAUGAAUAAGUAGAAUACUAAAACAAGUAACAUCAAUGUUUGUGAGUUCUUUUGAAGAGAGACUGCAAAACCACUAAGAUAUACCAUUUUUGUCUCUGUGUCAGUGAAAAUGGAACUUUGAUCACACUCCCAGUCAAGAGCACAAAUGUGAGGCAACAUACUCUCGUCAGCUUUAACUUUAUCUCUCAUUAGUUUCUCAAUCAUCUCUUUUAUAGGAAUGUCACUUUCACCAUAUUUGCCUAGAAGUUCCUUGAAUUUUCCUCUCAAUCUCUGGACCUACAAGGGAAGAGGCAAUUUAAUACUUUGUUUAGUUAUAUUCAUAUACCAGUGAAGGUUGACCUGAAAGAAAUAAAGAAUUCAGUGUAAAAGCAGCCACGGCUCUACAGCUGUUGCCAUAUUUGUUAUUGAUGUUGCAUUAAUGAUUUAUUUUCUAAUUAUCGUUAUUUAUUUAUUUAUUUUGCUAAUAUUGUCUCGAAACUAAAGUUUGCCAUCAAAUCUUAUCAGAUGAAGGAGCAUCGUAAAUCUUUCUAACCUUAUGCCAUGGGAUGCCAAGCUUUGCAUUUGACAGCACAUGAAUCCCUGGAGAAAUCUCUUGAAUGGUAGGGGGCUCACCUUCUGGCCUGUUGGAGACAUACACCAUGGUUUUGGAAGCAAUAUCAGCUACAAUCAGGUUAAACCCAUUAUACUCAUCACCUUCCUUUGUUAUUUCUUCUGCGUAUUCAUGGGGACUCUUUCUGCUCUGCUACCAUAUAAGAAGAACGAUACAAGUAAAAAACCACUAGAAGUUAUUGAAAAAAUAGAAAAAAGCACCAAUUACCCAUGACCUGUGAAGAAUCACGAGGAAAACUGGCUAAACUAUUUUUUCUAGGAAAUCAAGUACUAAUGCAGAUCCUGUUUACCAUUUGGUAGCGAAAAUACUUCUGGGUAAAGAAAGAGUGUGUUAUAUUUCCUCCUGUGAAUGAGUAUUUUUGCUGAUAUUUCUUACAUUGUAUAAGAUUAUUUAGCAUGAUCCUGAUUCUAUAAAAGCUGAUAUGGCAACCUGUUUACAAAACAA